AAAACAAUACAACUGAGUAUGCACACGCCAUGGCAGCAGAUGGCGAUAAUGAGCGACAGCUCACUCGUACGCAUUAAAAAAGAGAGAAAAAAGAGGCGAAAUAGAUCUGUAGACGGGCUAUGGAUUGCGGUUCAGUUGUUGUCAAUUUUUCAUCAGUAGCGGGUGUGCGCGAUGUGAUGUGCACCAUAGAUUGAGCGCCACAUUUUUGCCACAUUAUUUUGGUACUAUGAAAGUGUAAAAACUUGAACGAUUUCGGUUGUUCAGCUGCUUCGCGACAUGUCUGCAGUGACGCUGAGCAACUCUAGCAGCAAGCUAAAUGUAUUGGUCAACAAACUUCAUGAAUACUUGGCUAAUUCCACUGAGGACAGCAGUGGCACAGCAAAAGUUGAGGAUGCUGAUGGUUUGACAAACAGGUGCUGUUCUACUUUGACAGAGGCUGGUGCUGAUGGCAAGUACUCGAGGCGAAAGCCCUCAGUUGUCAUGAAGCACUCUGGAUUGGAUGAAUCUGGGGACUCAAAUGCAAGUGAGGACUUGGUUCUUGGACCAGUUAAUGCAAAUGGUCACCUUGAUAUCACUAGAUUGCCUAAAGGCACUGUGCUGGUCAGGCCUGAAGCAGUCGACAAUGGCAGAGAUGAUUUCAGGGGCCCGGAGUUUCGCAGCCGGAAAUCAAGCGUAAUGCGGAAAGAGUUUUCAAGAAGACGUGGAGGAGUUGAACACAUUGGAAUUGUGAGUUGCACUGCGUGUGGCCGACAAGUUAACCACUUCCGGAGGGAUUCCUUGUAUCGCCAUCCAGUUUUGAAAGUCCUUAUAUGCAAGUCUUGCUACAACUAUUACUCAAGUGAUGACAUCAGCAAGGAUUGUGACGGGAUGGAUGAGCAGUGCAGAUGGUGUGCUGAAGGAGGCAACUUGAUCUGCUGCGAUUUCUGUAGCAAUGCUUUCUGUAAGAAGUGCAUUUUAAGAAAUCUGGGAAGGAAGGAACUGUCGGGCAUCUUGGAGAGCAAAUGGUACUGCUAUGUGUGUAGCCCAGAACCUCUUUUUGACCUGGUCAUGGCUUGUGACAGUGUCCUUGAGAACAUGGAACGUUUGUGGCAACAGCAGCGCAAGAGGAGUCGAGUCGAUCCGGGGAAGUCUGAGAUUUUCAACAUGUUGCCACACUCACCUCAAAACAUUUCGCUGGAUAAAUGGGAUCACACUGGUAUGGAUGGAAAUGUGGUGUUCAACUACAGCAUGCUGCAGAUUUCCAAGGACAUUACCAAAAAGGCCAAACAUUUAGUGGACUCAACAAAUACCUUAAACCAAACUUUUGUCAAUUUCAUUCAUACUGUGACACAAAACAAACCAACACUUGGUGUUCGCACUAGGUACCUGAACUCAUUUUUGGAAGUAGUUAAAGGCUUGAGGAAAUCCCUAGCAGCACUGGAGGAUAGCCUUAAGGAAGAAUUCAGUGAUUUGGAUGUAUCGAGCAGUUGGGAAAAACUGCUUAGCGACCACUUUGAUGGACUCGUAACAGAAGCAGAAAUAGAGAUAGACAUGCCUGAUGACAGGUGCUUGAGUGACUUGCAGAAAUUGGCAGCUGAACAUUUAGACGAUAACGACUCUGACUCCAAGGGCUUUGCAGAUGGGAGUCUACAAGACUGUCCUGGCAAGGAGAUGGUUUCAGGUUCACAUAAAGCCAGACAGAGAACACAAAAGAUUGGCCUGAAAUCUACUGAAAGCGGCGUUGACAUGACUAAAAAACUAGUAGUACAACUUACACCUGUAGCUAUGGAGCAGGAGCCGUCAUCUGCGCCCCCCAAAACUGAGGAGGGAAAGAAAGAUAAGAAGUCAAAGGAAAAACAUGUAUCAGAAGAUGAAGAAACAAGUGGUAGCAAGAUGAGCAAUGACAACUCCAGUGCAUCUCUGUAUCUAGAAGAAGAACAGGGCAAUAGACGUUCUCCUCGGGUGAAGACAACCCCUUUGCGCCGACCAAGUGAUGUGAAAACCAAAACCUCUCUUUCAGUAGGAGACAGUGACAGCGACUCUGACGCUGAAGAGGCCCCCAACAAAGUGCCUGCUAAAAAAAACGAAGAGCAAAGUCUGAGCAGGACAAGAGACGACUCAGAUUCAGAUGAAGUCCCUGCUGCUCUGCUUGAGCGAGCAGCGAUGACACAAAGUUCCGAUGAACCCCAGAGUGAUGAGGAUGGUGGUAAAGCGUCGCCAAAUAAAGUGGCGAAAAAAUGUCUCUUCUGGCUUAAUAAGAACACUCCAAUCUCACCAGAGAAGAUUAGGCAGAAGCGCAAGAUACUGGAUCGCACCCCUGAGGCCGACUCAAGUAACAGAAGAGUCAAAGCUCACCGUGAAAGUGGGACGGACUCCUCUAGCGACGAGCAAGACUCGCAAAAGAAAAUGAAACACUUAAAUACGCUGAGGUCAAUAGGGAAGCCUCAUCUUGUCAAGAGAGGAGAGGAGGGUGUGGCUAGAAAGCGGAGUAGGAUACAAGGUGAGGACGCUAAGACUAAAUCUCGUCAGGAAGCAAUGGAUUCAUCGACCUCAUCAAGUGAAGACGAACAUGACGAUGACUCUGGAAGCGAUGGAAGUGAUCAGAAGAUGAAGCCAAUCACAGAAGAUGUGGCCUUAUUAGGAGCAGCUGCAUUCCACCAAUCGUCAGGAGAUGAGGAGCAGUUUGGGCCCUCAUGGGCAGCAGAAGAUGACGAUGAUCCAGAAAAUAGAAUCGCUAAGAAAUUGCUAUUGGCCCAAAUUAAAUCCGACUACUCCUCGGGUGAUGAUAUCUCUUCAGAUGAAGAAACACAAGAGGCUGAAUCUGAUUCACUGAGUGACAAGGAGAUCAAACGAGGCAAUGACGAUAAUGGAACAGAUGAAGAUGGGGAAGACGUAACCGAAGAUUCAUCUGACAACAACUUUGAUGAGCCCAUCUCCAGGCACCACCUCCUCCGUCACAAACUUACCUUAGAUGAGGGAACAUCAAAUGACAAGGAUGCACCGAAGAGCAAAGAGGGAAAACGGGAGCGCAAAAGAGGAGCCAGGAAAGAAAAUCAGAGCUCAGACAGUGAAAGUGAGGCCGACAGCGAUGAGCUGGAUGAAGAUGCUGGGAUGAGCGAGGAGCUGAGCGAGUCGGGUGAUGAGGCUGGUGAAGAUGGGCUCAAAAAAGCAAAAACAAAGGUGAAGGAUAAGCUUCAUGAUUACGAAAAGAAAACACAAGAGGCUUACAUUUUGUUGUCUGACUCCAGCAGUGAAAAGACCGAUCAAGAGGAUGCACCUGAGGAGGCCAGCGAAAAUAAAGUCACCCCGAAAGGACGCAAAAAGAUUCGCAGAAUUAUUGAAGAUGAAAACCUUCGUGCUGAGACCCAGGAAGCCCUGAGAGAGGAGGAGGAGAGAUGCAAACGUUUGGCAAAUAGGGAUCAACAGAUGGAGGACAGGAGAGAGAUCAUUGUCAUAGAGGAUGAGCUGUCUCAAGUGGUGUGUCCCGUCACAACCAAGCUGGUCCUGGAUCAGGAUGAGGAGACCAAGAAGCCUCUCGUUCAGGUGCACAGAAACCUGGUCACAAUACUGAAGCCUCACCAAGUGGACGGCGUCCAGUUUAUUUGGGAUAGUUGUUGUGAGUCUGUGAAGAAGGCCAACUCCUCUCCUGGAUCAGGCUGUGUACUGGCACACUGCAUGGGCCUCGGAAAGACUCUGCAGGUGGUAACGUUCCUCCACACAGUGUUGCUGUCAACAGAACUGAAAUUUAGAACCGCUUUGGUUGUGUGUCCGCUUAAUACCAUCCUCAACUGGGUCAGUGAGUUCAAGAAAUGGCAAAACAACAUGGGGGAAGAUAAAGUCAAGGUGACAGAACUGGCUACAAUGAAACAUACCUUAGGUCGACUCAGAGCUCUGCAGAGGUGGCAGAGAGACGGAGGUGUGAUGAUAAUGGGGUAUGACAUGUACCGCAUCCUGUCAUUAGACUGUAAAAUCAACAACGACGAGUGGAAGGAGGAGUUUUAUCGCACACUUGUGGAUCCAGGUCCCGACUUUGUGGUUUGUGAUGAGGGGCACAUCUUGCGUAAUGAUGGCUCUAAUAUCUCCAAAGCUAUGAAUGCCAUCAAAACUCAAAGAAGAGUGGUGCUGACUGGCACGCCACUGCAGAACAACCUCGUUGAGUACCACUGCAUGGUCAAUUUCAUCAAGAAGAACCUUCUGGGGUCACUGGGCGAAUUCAGAAACCGCUUCAUCAACCCCAUAGAGAACGGCCAGUGCGCUGACUCCACCCCGAAAGAUGUCCGAAUCAUGAAGAAGCGAGCACAUGUACUGCAUUCAGUACUGGGCGGAUGCAUACAGAGAAGAGAUUACUCGGAGCUUCGACAGUUUCUGCCUCCGAAGUAUGAGUAUGUGCUGGCAGUGAGGGUUUCCCCACUUCAGUAUAAUCUAUACCGAUACUACCUUGACCAUUUCACAGGUGUAAGCUCCUUACAUAACAGCAAAAAGAUGAGGCCUGGAGCAAACCUGUUCAAGGACUUUCAGGUCCUCGGCCGAAUUUGGACUCAUCCGUGGUGCCUUCAGCUCAGCUACCUGAGCAAAUUAAAAAAGAAGAGUAAAGGUAAAGCAGCAGAUCUGCCCAAGAAUGCAGAGACCCCUAUGACUGAGGCUGAGGGCUGGUGUGAAGGAAUGAAAGAGAACGAAGGACAAGAAGGGAAUAACACUCACAGCAGCACAGUGAUUAUUGAUGAUUUCAAAGUUGUCCAAACAGUGGAAGCAGUCGAGACCGCACCCAUCAGGUUGAAGCCUCCGAGUCCCGAUGAGCGCUGGUACAAGGAUCUUCUCUCUGAAAGAGAUGCCAAAAUCCUGGAGCACUCAGGGAAGAUGGUGCUCUUGUUUGAGAUCCUGAGAAUGGCUGAAGAACUGGAGGAUAAAGUGAUUGUGUUCAGUCAGUCGCUGAUCUCAUUAGACCUGAUUGAGGAUUUUCUUGCGGAUUCUCACCGUGCCAGAGACCCAUCAGCAUUCAAAGCGGGCAGCUGGGUUAAAAAUGUUGAUUAUUACCGCUUUGAUGGUUCCACCAGUGCUACACUGAGGAAGAAGUGGGCAGAUGAGUUUAACAAUCCUGAAAAUGUCCGCGGCCGAUUGUUCCUCAUCUCAACAAAAGCUGGCUCACUUGGCAUCAACCUGGUGGCUGCUAACAGGGUGAUCAUCUUUGAUGCUUCAUGGAAUCCCUCGUAUGACAUCCAGAGCAUUUACAGAGUGUACCGCUUUGGUCAGCUGAAACAAGUGUUUGUGUACCGCUUCUUGGCCCAGGGCACCAUGGAGGAGAAAAUUUAUGAUCGUCAGGUGACCAAGCAGUCGCUGUCCUUCCGAGUAGUAGAUCAGCAGCAGAUUGAGAGACACUUCACCUUUCAUGAGCUGACUGAACUUUACACAUUCGAGCCAGACCUGCUCAACGAUCCAAACUCUAAGAAAAGCAAGAGACCGGCUUCUGUGUUGCCACUGGAUACAGUUCUGGCACAGCUGUUAGAAGACUGCAAAGACCACAUAGUGACUUACCAUGAGCACGAAUCCCUGCUGGACCAUAAACAAGACGAGGAGCUCAGUGAGGCAGAACGGAAAGCUGCUUGGGAUGAGUAUGAAGCUGAGUCACACCCAGCCAGUGUUCCAGAGACCUCUCACCAAGAUGAUUUGGAUUUAAAGACCAAUGAGCAGCUAUUGGAACUGCUUAACAAAAGCAGAACAACUGUUUCACUGACCUUCAUGGCACUGCAGAAAAUGAGGAUUCACACUGUUGAGGAAUACAUGUUUCUAAUGCGGCAGCAGUACCCCCAGUUACCUGAGGCCGAGGUAAAGAGCAAAGCUGAGGUCUGGAGACAAUACGAUCUGAAGAGGCAGGAGCAUUUACAUGCUUUUUAUCGAGACGCUCUUGGACAGCAACAAACGCUCACAUUCAGAAUACAAAGCAUACUGAACAGUCGAAGAAAUGAUGCGACUCAGAUGACUGUGAAGCAGCCUGGACAGACUUGAGCAAGAAAAUUGUCUUUGUAGGAGGAGAAAUUCAUAGUUUUUCUUUUAUUACUUAUUUCAUCCAGAAGAUUGAAUGUUUUACAAGAGUAGUUUGCACUGAGCUUCCAAAGCACUUAAACAACUGGCCAGCGUGGUGUCACUUUGGUUUAGCACUUUAAUUUUCACAGGAAACGUUAUCAUCUUUUGUUGAUGUGAUUUAUGGAGAAGCUGUGUAGUUGUUCAGCUGCUUGGCUGUUACGCUGCUACCAAAAGCUAACUUGUGAACACUGGUACAUGCCUUAAUCCUUGACCUGUUGAUUGAUUAACUCUUCUAAUACUUUUCUAUAUUAAAUUAGUCAUAUAGUAGACACUUUCUUUUUUUCUUGCUUUAAAGUGGACCUUUUAUAUUUUCCUUAUCUCUUGUCACAUAUUGAUGGUAUUGAUCAUUAAAUAUGACUUUUCAAA